AUGGCGAGUUCCCAUGGCAAACUAGAAAUGACAUUGGAAAAUGUCACUGUGGUCAUGGGAUCCAGAACAUUCAAUGAUGUCCACCUAGAGAGAAAGCAAGUGCAGAAAAUAAUUAUUCACAAAGAUUACAAGCCACCCCACGUGGACAGCGACCUCUCCCUGCUCCUGCUCGCCACGCCAAUACAAUUUACGAACUUCAAAAUGCCCAUCUGCCUGCAGAGGAAGGAGAGGGUCUGGGACCGCUGUUGGAUGACAGAAUGGGUGACACCUCCUGCAUACGACCAAUACGGCCACUUAAACACAUACCUGCAGAAGCUGAGAGUGAUGCAGAUUAACCGCAGAGAAUGCAGCCAGAGGGUGGACCAGCUCUCCAGGAGCAUGCUUUGUGCGUGGAAAGAACCCGGCACCAAAGGCAAUUGCCAGGGAGACAGUGGGGCACCUAUGGUCUGUACCAUCCAUGGAAACCAGAGGCUCUUCCAAGUGGGUGUCUUCAGUUGGGGCGUAAGAUCUGGCUUCAGGGGGAGGCCUGGGAUGUUUGUGUCUGUGGCUCAAUUUCUUCCAUGGAUCCGGGAAGAGACAGAAAAGGAGGGGGAAGCCUACACCGCCUCGGGAUCCCAGAGCAGACCCCUGCCCCACGUCCUGCAGUGCCCCUUGUUGUUAGGCUUGGGGUCUCAGAUGCUGCUGACCACCAUGGUUACCGGUGAUAAAUCAAGGCACUGA